CUUCUCCCUCCAUUGAUGAAGGCAAUGGCUGGUUGUUUGUCUGUAGCCGCAAAAUGAAGAAGAGAGGGACCAGUGAAGUUUGGAAUUUGGCUGAAACAGUCACGAGCAAAUGUUCCAUUCCUCCAAUAUUCAGCAACACUUGCCCAUGACUCUUAUCCUCAAAAUGGUAUUCUCUUUCUCAUGAAACCAACAGUUCUCCAGCUAGCAUGGCUUCCAUCUCUUCUUCUUUCUCUUCCUUGGCUUCAACUCAUGAUCAUGAGAGGCUGGACCUUCAAUCCAUAAGGGCACUCGUUGUUUCAGUCAAUCACCACAUACAUGAAUUCUUGGCCAACAAUGAGACCAGGAAGUCUUUAAAAUUGAGAUGCAGCUUAAAGCUCAGGAUUCAAAAGCAGGAGUUCUUUGAGUUCUCAGAGCACUCGGUUAUAUCAAAUCUUUACUGGGGCAUUGAGAGUGUUGAAGCAGCAAUUCGGGCUAAAUGGCCUGAGGAGAAAACCUCCCGGCUAAAGAAUUCAGAACAAAUGCUUCAAGUCCCAGCAUUGCUUGAUGAGCAAGGAACCACAGGAGGAAUCUCAAACCGAUACAUAGUUUGUUGCUCCUACUUUUACCUCUCUAUUGUUAGAAAACUCCAAAGAGAUGAGUGGCAGGUGGCACUGCAUUUUCUCCAAGCUUUGAUGGUUUCUCCAAGGCUAAUCCAGACAGAAUUUGCACCUGGACUUUGCGAGAAUCUCUUUCUUACACACUCUAUCUCAGAGAGGCAAAAUGUGGGUGGAAGAAGCUUUAGGUCAGUCUCUCUCAUGAAUUCCGAUGAGGGUAAGCCUGGUGAAGCAAUAAGAGAGACAGCAAAGAGAUACAAGAGCUGGUUGAUGUACUAUCAGGUCAUGCAAUAUGGCGAGACCCCUCAAAGACCUGGCGGAUACAAUGAUAUUCUUUCCCCUGUUGAUCAAUCACCAUAUAAUUCCAUAACCGGAACCUUUCCUGCAGUAUCUCAAUAUCUUCCGCUCUUCAUGAACAGGUAUGGGAAGUCUAGCAGCACUAAAUCUUCAAGUUCAAUUGCACAUGGAAACACCUCCUUGCAAACUUAUCGUAAUUUCCAGAAGGUGCAUCCACUUGAUCCUCAAGAAAGUAUAAUUGACAGCACAGGAGACAAAGCUAAGGCAUCCAGGGACAAUACAGAGAUUCAAGAUUAUAGGAAAGCUCUUAACAAUUCAGACCAGGUUAGCAGACAAGAUAUCAAAAGGAGUUCAAAUAUCAAAUGCCUUCAGGAUAUCUUAAUGGAAUCCCAAUCAGAUACACCAACUUCUGAUGAUUCUUUCGAUGACAAUGAUUCUGCAGAUGGUGAUUCAGAGGCAUAUGCAGAUGAGACUCAAAGCUCAAUGGAAGCUGCAAGAAUAAAAGCAGAUCAAGGACGGAUGGAAAUUUCUGAUCAGAGGUUCCAGAACUCUUGCUGCAUAUCAACAUCUUUCCCACCACUGCAUGAAGAAAUCAAUGAAGCAAAUAUCAAGAAGUUAUUUUCUGGCAGAUUUUCCAGGUCCCUCAAUGAUUUAAAUCUAUCGAUUUUGGAACUUGGAGUUGAGAAAUCACAUACCCUCUGGAGUUGCCAUGCCCAAGAAGAGACAACUUGGAGGAGAUUAGAGCCAGAUGACUUCCAGAUAUUGGAUUGUCUAGCAGCUACAUCUCUGCAGAAUUAUAUGUUCGCACAGAUGGAGCACAACCAAGGAAAUGGUGCAAGAAAAAAACAUAACUCAAGCAGGCGAAAGAACUUACAUGAAGUUUGUUUACAUCCAGAAAAAGAUUCCCAUGGAGAACUAUUGAGGGCACUUGACAAAGCAAUUUCAAAAUUAUGGUUUUCAGAAGGACAAGGAAAAUAUGAUGAAGAUUCGUCUGUGGAAGUUACAACCAUAUAUGAAAUGCUGACCAAUAAAACAGGGGUAAAAUACACUCUUUUAAAGGAUGCCAUACUGGAUCAACUGCUGAGUUCUAUUUCAACUUCCAAAAAAGAGGGAAUCGUGAGGGCAUCAGUGUCUAUUCUCUUGACUAUCAUUGCAGGGAACAAGUCAGUUAUAGAUGACAUCAAGAAGAAGGGUUUACAGUUGGGCCAUUUGGCAAAUGCUCUAAAAAGAAAUGUGUAUGAGGCUGCUACUCUUAUCUACUUAAUAAAUCCUUCUCCCACAGAAAUUAAAACUUUAGAACUUUUACCAACACUGAUGAAUGUUGUGUGCACUUCAAACAAUUAUGCGGGUGGCCCAGCAUCACUUCCGACACCUCCUGCAGCAUCAUUGAUGAUUAUUGAAGCAUUAAUAGCUGCAUUUGACUAUGCUACAAAUAGCAUGCAUUUGGCUGAAAUCAGUUCACCCCAAGUUCUUUCAGGACUCCUGGAUGUUGCAAGAAAUAAUAAUCUGGAAGAGCUUAUCCCGUUGGCCACUAUUCUUGUAAAAUGUAUGCAGUUUGACGGACAAUGCAGAAACUAUAUAUCACAAUUUACUCCUAUGGCUCCAUUUAUCUAUCUCCUAAGAAGUAACAAGAGGCGUGUCAAGCUCAUUGCGCUUGAAUUCUUUCAUGAAAUCCUUCGCAUGCCGCGGUCAUCGGCAAUUAGUGUCUUGCAGCAGAUGAAAAAAGAAGGAAGUAUUAAUAUUAUGCACAUAUUACUGCCCUGCCUCCAACAAUCACAAGCUGAGCACCAACUUCUGGCAGCAAAUUUGUUGCUUCAACUAGACCAGCUGGAAGACUCAUCUGGCAGAAGCAUGUUUAGAGAAGAGGCUAUGGAGGUCCUCCUUGAGUCAAUGGUGUGUGAAGAGAACUCUGCUACACAGAUAUUAUCUGCAUUCAUUUUGUCAAAUCUUGGUGGAACCUAUUCUUGGACAGGAGAACCAUAUACAGUAGCAUGGUUGGUAAAGAAAGCAGGUCUGACCUCAUUGUACCACAGGAAUAUGAUAAGAAACUUUGACUGGUUAGAUCAAAGCCUACAGGAUACUGGCACUGACACUUGGUGCAGCAAGAUUGGAAGAAGCAUCAUCAAAGGUGGAAUUCCUCUUUUCCAUGCUUUGGAGAAGGGUCUAAAGAGCAAGGUAAGGAGGGUUUCUCGGGACUGUCUCACAGCUAUUGCAUGGCUUGGCUAUGAAAUUGCAACGACCCCAAAUGAGCUGAGAUAUUCUGCGUGUGAGAUCUUAUUGAGUGGAAUUGAGCAAUUUUUGCACCCUGGAUUGGAUCUUGAAGAAAGACUUCUAGCAUGUCUAUGCAUUUAUAACUAUACAUCUGGUAAAGGAAUGCAAAAGCUAAUACAUUUCUCAGAAGGAGUUCGGGAAUCACUGGGACGCCUUUCAAACAUAACCUGGAUGGCAGAGGAGUUACUGAAAAUAGCUGAUUAUUUCCUGCCCUAUAAAUCGCAUAUAUCUUGUGUUCACACACAAAUUCUGGAGAUGGGUCGCAAAUGCAGUGGAGCUGUAACUGCUCUCAUCUACUACAGGGGACAACUUUGCAGUGGAUACUCUGAUGGUUCAAUUAAGGUGUGGGACAUCAAGGGGCAAUCAGCCACUCUAGUAUUGGAUAUUAAGGAGCACAGAAAGGCUGUGACAUGUUUUUCACAUUUUGAACCAGGGGACAGCCUUCUAAGUGGAUCUGCUGAUAAAACCAUCAGAGUCUGGCAAAUGGUCAAAAGGAAAAUGGAAUGCACUGAAGUAAUAUCAACGAAGGAACCAGUUCAGAAUCUAGAUACUCAUGGCCAACUGAUUUUUACAGUUACCCAUGGCCAUGGAGUGAAGGUGUUUGAUGCAUCACGAAAAGUCAAAGACAUUUGCAAGAGUAAACAUGUGAAAUGCGUAAGGGUGGUUCAAGGAAGGCUUUAUAUAGGUUGCAUGGAUUCAAGCAUACAGGAGGUAGUCAUAACAAGAGCUCGUGAGCAAGAGAUCAGAGCACCAGCAAAGAGUUGGAGGAUGCAAAACAGGCCCAUCAAUUCAAUUGUCGUGUACAAAGAUUGGCUUUAUAGUGCAAGUGAUAUUGUUGAGGGUUCAAAUUUCAAGGAAUGGAAAAGGCACAGCAAGCCUCAGAUGUCCAUGGUACCUGAUAAAGGAGCAAGUGUGCUUGCAAUGGGAAUUGUAGAAGACUUCAUAUACUUAAACUGCAGCUCAUCAACAAGUAUCCUUCAGAUAUGGUUGAGGGGGACACAGCAGAAAGCAGGGAGGUUAUCAGCAGGCAGCAGAAUAACAAGCCUCCUCACUGCCAAUGACAUUGUCCUAUGUGGCACCGAAAUGGGGCUAAUCAAGGGCUGGAUCCCACUCUAGCAGAGCACCCAGUAUUUCUUUCACAUUCUUCAUCCAAAGUUGAAAGAGAAAAUGUUGGUAAAGGGGCAUUUGCUUGAUUUGGGUCACUACACCAUGUAAAAAGCUGGUAUAGAAACAUAAAGGAGGAAGAGGAUGUGAAGCAUAAUAUGAUUGAUGGCAAUAACAAUGUUCCAGUUGAAGAAUAUCACUAUGUAAAAAUAUUUCCAUACCACACUUGUUGAAUAUCAAUAAAAUAUCUGCUAUUCCUCUCCAAGCAAA